AUGCAGUUAAGAAGAGAUGUCGUAAGGUCAUUGGGUAAAUCUGACAGGUUAACAAUGGCACGCAGUUUGUUUAAUAAUUAAAAAAUAGUCAGUGUGUAAAAUAAAGGAAGAGGUUCCGGUUUCUGAGAAAAACGACGGCAGCGCAAACAAGCUCUCGGAGCAUGCAAUGCAAAGACAAGUGAAGAAUUCAGCGACCUGGUUCAGGGGCGCCCAGAGUCAAUGAUGGAUCAUGACUUGGAGACCGCUGCUUUGGGGGCUUACCAGGACAAGCCUAGAACCUUCCCCAACAUGCGCACUAAACCUUACACCCCUCUGAUAUUUCGUAUUUUACUUGGUAUCAAUGUUCGUGUCCUCUUCAUUCUUUUGCUCCUCGGCUUGGGAGCUAUCUUUUACGUCGGAGCUUCUACUUCUCCUAUCAUUGUCUUUGUUAUCUCUGUUUGUAUUCUCAGCUUCCUUGUGGCCAUAUAUCUUACAAAGUGGGUCCUCGCAAAAGAUGAGGGGCCUCCUGAAAUGGUUCAGAUAUCAGAUGCUAUACGAGACGGAGCUGAAGGAUUUUUCAGGACCCAGUAUGGGAGUAUAUCUAAGAUGGCCAUGUUGCUUGCCCUUGUUAUUCUUUGCAUAUAUUUGUUUCGCAGUACAACUCCUCAACAGGAAUCUUCUGGCCUGGGAAGGACAACUUCUGCAUACAUCACCGUAGCUUCUUUCCUUUUAGGCGCCCUUUGUUCCGGUGUUGCUGGAUAUGUAGGGAUGUGGGUGUCAGUUCGUGCCAAUGUCAGAGUCUCUAGUGCUGCAAGACGGUCUGCAAGAGAGGCAUUGCAGGUAGCUACUCGUGCAGGUGGUUUAUCUGCUAUCAUUGUCGUUGGUAUGGCCGUAAUUGGUAUAGCUGUCCUUUAUGCCACAUUUUAUGUUUGGUUGGGAGUGGACUUGCCUGGUUCAAUGAAGGUUACUGAUUUGCCUCUUCUUCUAGUUGGAUAUGGAUUUGGUGCCUCCUUUGUUGCACUAUUUGCUCAGUUGGGUGGUGGAAUAUACACAAAGGCAGCUGAUGUUGGAGCAGACCUUGUUGGAAAAGUAGAACAGGGAAUACCUGAAGAUGACCCUAGGAAUCCUGCUGUUAUUGCUGAUCUGGUUGGUGACAAUGUGGGAGAUUGUGCUGCUCGAGGUGCUGAUCUUUUUGAAAGUAUUGCAGCUGAAAUAAUCAGUGCCAUGAUACUUGGUGGAACAAUGGCACAACGCUGUAAAAUUGCAGAUCCAUCUGGCUUCAUCUUGUUUCCUCUUGUUGUUCACUCAUUCGAUCUGAUAGUUUCAUCAGCUGGAAUAUUUUCUAUUAGGGGUACACGUGAAACUGGAAUUAUAGUUCCCAUGGAGGAUCCUAUGACAAUUCUUCAGAAAGGAUAUUCUUUUACAAUAGUUUUAGCUGUUCUGGCAUUCGGUUUGUCUACCCGGUGGUUACUCUACACUGAGCAAGCACCUUCAGCAUGGUUCAAUUUUGCUUUGUGUGGGUUGAUUGGUAUUAUCACUGCUUACAUAUUUGUCUGGAUUGCCAAGUAUUAUACCGACUACAAGCAUGAGCCUGUGCGCAUAUUAGCCCUUUCCAGCUCUACUGGCCAUGGGACCAACAUAAUUGCAGGAGUCAGUUUGGGUCUGGAAUCUACUGCUCUUCCCGUCCUUGUCAUCAGUGUGUCAAUUAUCUCAGCUUUCUGGCUGGGCCACACCUGUGGACUAGUAGAUGAAACAGGAAACCCAACUGGUGGGCUGUUUGGCACAGCUGUGGCAACAAUGGGAAUGCUUAGCACUGCUGCCUAUAUUCUUACCAUGGAUAUGUUUGGCCCAAUAGCUGAUAAUGCUGGAGGAAUUGUAGAGAUGAGUCAGCAGCCUGAAAGUGUCCGAGAGAUAACUGAUGUCCUUGAUGCCGUAGGAAACACAACCAAAGCUACCACCAAAGGGUUUGCUAUUGGUUCUGCUGCUCUUGCAUCUUUCCUUUUGUUUAGUGCUUAUAUGGACGAGGUUUCUGCAUUUGCUCAUGAACCUUUUAAACAGGUUGAUAUUGCUAUUCCCGAAGUUUUCGUUGGUGGGCUGCUAGGUUCCAUGCUUAUAUUUGUUUUUAGUGCUUGGGCCUGUGCUGCUGUUGGCAGAACUGCACAAGAAGUUGUUAACGAAGUGAGAAGGCAGUUCAUUGAGAGGCCUGGUAUAAUGGAUUACAAGGAGAAACCAGAUUAUGGUCGCUGUGUUGCUAUUGUAGCAUCUGCGUCGUUAAGAGAGAUGAUAAAACCUGGUGCUUUGGCAAUCAUUUCACCUAUUGUAGUUGGUAUUCUGUUCCGAAUUUUGGGCUACUAUACAGGGCAACCUUUACUCGGGGCCAAAGUUGUGGCUGCUUUGCUCAUGUUUGCAACAGUGUCUGGUAUUCUUAUGGCACUUUUUCUGAACACAGCAGGUGGUGCCUGGGAUAAUGCAAAGAAGUACAUUGAGACUGGAGCUCUUGGAGGCAAGGGAAGUGAGGCUCACAAAGCAGCCAUAACUGGAGAUACAGUGGGAGACCCAUUCAAAGACACAGCUGGGCCUUCAAUCCAUGUCCUCAUAAAGAUGCUUGCAACGAUUACACUGGUAAUGGCUCCAGUCUUCCUGUGAGUGAGAGUUGUUGAUAUCUCUAUUGCGGCCGCCUCAGAAAAAAGCAUACUUGCGCGAAUUUGAUUUUGCUAAUUUUGGAAGUAUAGGGAUAGGUUGUAUGAAUCUAUGAUGUAAAUGGACGAGCCUGAUUUAUAGUGACGAUGAAUCUUCUUGCCCUUGAUGAGAAUAAGAGAGAUUAGUUGACUGGAACAUAUGGAGAAAAUAGUGAUUAGAAAAAUUCCCCCAUAUUUUUUGGUCUUUAAAUUUCAUGAUGGCCCCGUGUUCCUUCCGGAGCGGCUAAAUUAAAUUAAGGAAUCACAAUGUACCUAAAAACAAUUCCGGAUUGCUGAUUACAUUUCGGAACUGAACAUAUGUGCUCAUAAGUUGUAAGUAACUAAGGGAUGACAUUGCUGAACAUUUUUAGCCCAUCCAUCCUUAGGUUUAGUUAGGGAUAGGGUAGGGGACUGUGUUCAAUCGUUUCCUCUCGGGCUGGAGUACUGGAUUUAAAGUGAAGAUAUGACGUGUAAAUGUAAAGGAGUUCAAUUUCGGUGCACGAGUCCUUCAACCAGGAUAAAUUAUUUGGAGAAUAAUUUUUUUGAAAAAAUUAAAAUGAGAUAUGUUGGACA